AUGGUGCCCCUUAUUCAUUGGCGAGUGGGGCGAGGCGCGAUCAGUGCUUGGUACGACACUUGGCUAGAGGACACACCAUUGGCCAGGUUUACCACUUUCACAUCCUCUUGGCCUCACUUGACGGUAGCCCAGCUUCUCCAAGGAGACACUCAUCUACUUAUUGAGAGGCAUAGACUACCGUCGAACUUGUUACCAACCAUCACCAUGAUUAAGACGAGUCCUACUGAGGACCAACCCAUCUGGACACUUACCAUAGAUGGUAGUUUCUCUUGUAGCUCCUCUUGGGAGCACUUUAGAAACCGCUCCCCAAAGACAUUUUGGGGAAAUCUCAUAUGGCAUCUGGCCAUCACACCUUGUGUUUCAUUCUUCCUAUGGAAGUUCAUGCACCGAGGACUACCCACCGACGAUUGAGUGAUUGUCACCGAUCAGGAGGUGGAAAGGAGAUGUCAUUGUUGCUCCAUCACGACAGACGAAAGUAUGGAACAUCUAUUUUUCCAUAGUGAUAUCCCUGUCGAAUGUUGGCGUCAACUUCUAGCGAAUUGGCUUCCAAUGCUCUCGUACAGACCUACGAGACCACCACUAGAGGUCUUUAGGAGAGUCAUUGACUCAUUGACGAGUGUCAAGAUUAGUCCCUUCAUCUGUAUCUCCAUAACAUAUAUGUUAUGGGAAAUAUGGAAGGGACAUAACUCAUCUCGAUUUGUAAGCCAAGUGAUGCGUGCCAUAGAGAUUAUGAGGCACAUAACACAAUGGCUUCGAAGUACUCAUUCCUUAGUGCCAAACAAAACGAAACGCUCGCGUUCUAUUUAUGAGGCUUUUGGGCUUUGAGGACUCCAUAUCAUACUUACACAGACCCAGACUACUAUCCGAUCUGUUAGAUGGACACCACCGAGUGUUGGACGGUGGAAACUCAAUAUCGAUGGAGCAUCUCAAGGCAACCCAGGACCAACUAGAGGAGGAGGUAUCCUACGCGAUAGUAUAAGAUGCAUUCUCUUUGUCUUUUCAAACUUUUAUAAUAUACAAACUAAUACUGUGGCAGAGGCUAUGGCAAUACGAGAUGAUUUGCUUCUUUGUGAGGAGCAAAAUAUUACUAAUAUUGUCUUAGAAUCUGAUUCCAGAGUGUUAGUGGACAUAUUACGUGCAGACUCUUGUCCUCAUUGGAGGCUCAAGAAUAUCUAG